UAAAAAGGACUAAAUAUCUAAUUUUCUUUAAUAAAAAGAUAUAAAUCAGUAUUUACUUUCCACACAAAAAAUAUAGAAAAAAAAAAACCUUACUUUUUCGGAAUGAUUGCCAUUCCUCAAAAACCGAUCAAACUAGGAAAAAGAUUCGAUUUCUACUGAUUGUUUGCGAUUCUUCAAGAAUCCAAUUCCUCUUCUUCUUCUUCUUCUUCUUCUGCAACAUUGCACCAAUCAAUUCCGCUAACGAAGAGCUUAUGGCUGCCAUUGGUUUGCUCCUAAUCAUAGCCCUAACCGUCGCUUCGUCGGUGCCGGCGGCGCGUGGGAAUUCCGAGGUCGACGCGCUCUACGCGCUUCGCCGGAGCUUGAUCGACCCGAGGAAGGUGCUCCAGAGCUGGGAUCCGAACCUCGUGAGCCCUUGCACCUGGUUCCAUGUCACCUGCAAUCAAGAUAACCGCGUCACCCGCGUGGACCUUGGCAACUCGAAUUUGUCUGGUCAUCUAGUGCCUGAGCUUGGGAAACUUGAACAUCUUCAGUAUCUGGAGCUUUACAAAAACAACAUUCAAGGGGCGAUUCCGGCUGAGCUUGGUAAAUUGAAGAGCCUAAUUAGCUUGGAUCUAUACAACAACAACAUAUCCGGGAUAAUACCUCCAUCACUUGGAAACUUGAAGUCUCUCGUCUUUUUGCGUCUCAAUGAUAAUCGACUAAAUGGGCCGAUCCCAAGGGUUCUUACUGGUAUAUCUACCUUGAAAGUAGUUGAUGUUUCAAAUAACAAUUUGUGUGGCACUAUUCCUACUACUGGCUCGUUUGAGCACAUCCCCUUAAACAACUUUGAGAACAACCCUCGUCUGGAAGGGCCAGAGCUGCAGGGGCUUGCUAGUUAUGAUACAAACUGCUCAUGAAGAAAUGGAUGGUAGAUGAAAUGCUUCACAAAAAAGAAAGCUCCUUCUAGUCUUGAUUGCCUUUUCUCUUAAAAUUAUGUGUAUUACUUAUUUUCUUGUUGGUGUGUGUUUGGCAUAAGAUGCUUAGUGUUGUAAACUAGUUAUCGUUUAUUGAGCUUUUUUUAUGUUGCA